AUGCCUAAUUCCAAGGAGAUGCCGUUCCUGCUGGGCGACGAGGUUUGCUGUAUGGCAUGUAAUAGGCACGAUGCAACCGCUAACUUUGUUCAAUGCGACGGUUGUGACGCAUGGUAUCACUUUUCAUGCGCCGGAGUCGAUGCAUCGGUGAGCGAGCGGCCUUGGGAGUGCGCCAAGUGUGCUGUGGCUCCCAGUUUAUCUGGCAAAAGUGGAUCCUCGAGCAAAACCGGCUCAUCUCUUGCUCGGGAGCUAGAACGCCUGAAGCAGCAGCAGGAAAUAGAAUUGAAACGUGCUAACUUGAUGAUGCAGACAAAGUGUCUGGAUCAACAACAGGAAUUGCUCAACAAGGCCGCUUCGAGAGACGAGGAUGUGCAGCAGUCAAACCAGGUAAAUCAGCAGGAACAUGUAGAAAGGCUAGAACAUUGGGUGGCCCAAACCAGUGGCGGUGUGGAAGAAGGCGCAGUUGGAGGCAUUCCCCAACCAGCUGCCUCACGAUCGAAUCACGGUGAACAGCCUCUCAUCAGGCAACUGCCCGAUUUAUCAAAACAAGCUCCGAAAACCACUAAGAACUUCCAGACAUUGGCACAGCAGACAGAGACUCGUAAAGAAGUCGCCGAACUACGCGCGCAGCUGGAAAAUUGUAUGAAGCGAAUGGAUGAAGGCCUCCAUAUCAGUCAUCCGCCAAAGUCACAAACGCUAGUACCAUCGUCGGCUAACCAAUCGACACAGCAGAAGGGCGAGCCGAAUCGAGGUACAGGUACCAUACCUAAGUUGUACCCUAAUCAAUCAAUUCAAGCAGAGUUAAUACACGCUGCGGAAUCAACGACUGCCAGUACCGACAUUAUCCUCUACUCAAUUCGAACCAAAGAUCGUGCUCCUCAGGGACAGAACAAGUAG